AUGCGUCACACAGUUCGAUCCUAUGUAACCAAUUGCGUUGCAUUUGUCAUUACAAGUGCAUUUUUAUCAAUAAUGUAUAUACUUGGUCUAAGGAAAUAUUUUUAUGCUAUAAAAGAUGAUAAUGAACCUUAUGAUAAUUUUGAGAAUAACUCACAAAAUCCAUACCCAAGAAAAGAGUUUUUACCACGUAUAUCCAAUGCAACGUUAAUGGAAAAUAAAGAUUCGAACUUUAAGGAAUCCAAUAUUAUAUAUGAUCGUAAAAUAACUACGACACCUCAAUUUUCAAUUAAAGAUAAUCUAAACAAUACGAAUGACGAUAUGAAGGGACAUGAAUUGAUAUUUGAUAUAGAAUAUUAUUUUAGAAAUCAUAUGAAUAUUGAAAUUGAAAAAUUUGAAGUGGAAACACAAGAUGGAUUUAUUAUUGAUUUGUGGCAUUUGAAAAACGAAAAAGAACCUUCAGGUAAGCAUCCGAUCUUAUACAUCCAUGGAUUAAUGCAAAGUGGUGCGUCGAUAGCUUCCAGUUGUGAAGAUUCUAUAGCAUAUUUCCUGUAUAAUAAUGGGUUAGAUGUUUGGCUUGGUAAUAAUAGAUGUGGCUUUUAUCCAAAAUGGAGUAAAAAUAUUAAAGAUCAUAAGGCAAAAUGGAAUUGGGAUAUUAAUGAGAUGGUUAAAUAUGACUUAAGAGCAUUGAUUGAUACAGUAUUGGAAAAGACAGAAAAGGAAAGAUUAACUUUAAUAUGUCAUUCACAAGGUACAACUCAAUGUUUUAUGGGACUUGUAAAUGGUGAGAAAAUCUUUAAAGACAAUUAUCAAAUUAUGGAUAAAGUAGACAAUCUUAUUGCUCUAGCACCUGCUGUAUAUCCAGGUGAUAUAAUUAAUAAUAGGUUAUUCAUGAAUUUUAUGUCUUUAGGUAUCAACUAUAAUUGGGUUUUCGGAACGAGAGAAUUUCUGCCUAUUAUGAUGCUCGCUAAGAUGUAUUUUACGAGUAUUAGAUUUUUUUCGUUUACCUCUUAUUUUAUGUUCAAUUAUUUAUUUGAUUGGAAUGAUAGAUUAUGGGAUCCAAAAUUAAGAGAUGUUCAUUUUAUAUUUUCGCCAGUAUAUGUGUCUGUAAAAUUAAUGAGAUGGUGGUUGGGUAAUUCUCCAACUUCAUUUAAAAAUAAUUCUCAGAACAUUUUUCCAUUUAAAAGGCAAUGGUUUAAUAGAAAUGUGAAUGAGGAUGGUAAGACUAAUCAUUUACCAAAUAUUUUAUUAUUUGUACCAAGACAAGAUAAAUUAGUAGACGGAGAAAGUCUAAUUCAUCAUUUUAUUAAUUAUGAAAAUGAUGUUAAUUAUAAAGUAUGGUAUAUUGAUGAAUAUUCUCAUAUGGAUGUACUUUGGGCUACUGAUGUUAUCGAAAGAGUUGGUAAACCAAUUUUGCAAAGCAUGAUAAUUCCAAACGAUACAAUUGAAGCAUAA